AGUACACCUUCAGAGACAGACGGAGGAAGCAACCCAACACUUACACACCUGCCGACCUGACCGACUGACACGGCUAACACCUUACUGGUUGACCUGACACCUUCAUCAGAUCAGUGAUAUCUGUUUCCAGCUGACCCCAUGACAGUCAUUGUCUCGUCAUCAUGAGAUCACGCCACCUCUUCCUCCUGUUCUACCUCACAGCUCUCUGCUGCUACUGGGGAGCAUCAGAUGCACAACGACAUGAGACCUGCCUUACGCAAGAACUGUGUACUCAGGCUGGUGAUCCUACCUCUAACUUCCUCCAGUGUGUGGGUCUGCCAGCUACAGACACAGGGAGAGACCACCUGCAGAACCUGAAGGACACCAUCGACGCUGCCCUGGACGUCUACUCCUUCAUGAGAUCCAGUCUAUCCCAGACCCCAGUGUUCAGACUAGAGCUGGGUAUCAGUGUGAACCCAGAGGCAGAAGCCUACCAAGAUGAGGACCUGAUAAAGGUGUGGAUGGAGGUGAAACUGAAACCACUCCUCUCCAGCAUCUCCAGAGGGUUCCUAACCUGCCUCAGCAACAAGAACUUCAGCUGCAACACCUACCAGACCAUGGUGGAGGAGUUGAGUGAUCAUUUCUCAGAGAUGGAUCCGAUCAGACAGAGGUGGAUCUAUAUGUUCUUCAUGUACCCAUUCCUCUCCGGGGAGAGAGCAGGCUGUGUGAGGCCAGGGGAGAACAGUGAGGACUGGCUGAUCAGGAACUUUGGCCCGUUUAAAGCCGUCGCUCGUAUGAGGGACUUCACAGCCCUCAACAUGGUCUUUAGUGGGCUGGAGGUGCUACACCUGUUAACUCCGGAGCAGAAGGCAGAGUUGUUGUUGCAUCCGGAGGUGGAGGGACUGGAGAAUGGAACCCUGAGUCUGGUGUUCCACACCCUGAUGACAGAGGUCCACUCCCCCAUGGAGAACUCUACCUGGACCACACCAGGGUACCCCAACCCCGCCUACCCCCCCUCCUACACCCCCGCGUACCCACCAAGAGCCACGUCGGACGACCAAUACUCACCACGGCCCCCCUCACCCCAGGAGAGCCUUCGAGAGGUGGCGAACGGGUUCAUGGGCGUCUUCAGGCCUUUCGGAAGCUUGGUCAGGGAGUUUGUGUCGCUCACGCACAAAAAGCCCCUGUCUGAGAUCAGAAGCACCACUCUAACUCAGGUUGUGUUGAACUGGACUCUGGCCGAGCUGGCCGGGAACUACAGGUCCCAGGAAGACGAGCCAGAAGACUGGACGGAAGACAUAUUGGACGUAGAGGACUGGUAUGACCACGUAGUGGUGCCUGUUCUCCGCCGUGUCCUGCCCACCGACCAGACGCACAUACCUGGCAGCCUCAAGGCCGUUUUCCACAAAGUGUUCUACCUGAACUCAGACAUGGACAGCAUGGACAAUGACAAUAUGGCCCAAGACAUAUGUAGCAUCACCCUAGAGGAGAAGUCAUGUGGGUUGACCAAUGCUGUGGAGAAAGUGGCGCGCGUCCUGCACUGUGUUGCCCGUAGCAACUUGACGUUGUCGGAGGAGACUGUUAUGCGUCUGGUCGUGGAGCUGACCGGGCGGCUCAACUCAUUGGUCCAGAAGUUCUCCACCGCGAACUUCAGUGAGGUGGCACACCACUUCCAGGAGGUGUUUGGCCAGGCAGACUCCCCGGCUCUGACCCUGGAGAAUCUCAACGACCCAGACUUCAUCAGGCUCUGGUUCCAGAUCAAACUGAAGCCCCUGCUUCCCUCCGUCCCCCCCGGCCUUCUCUCCUGCCUCAGCACCAAGAACUUCACCUGCCCCGUCUACCAAGCCCUUGUGGAGGAGCUGAGUGAACAAAUGAAGCUGAUGGACCAGGAGGACGAGCAGAUGUAUGAAAUGCAGGGUCACGUGAUCUACAAACAGUUCCUGUUGCCCUUCCUGUUGAAUCACAACUCCUCAGACCCACAGUGCAUCUCUUCAGCCAGUAGCAGUGCAGACUGGCUGAUCAAGAACUUUGGUGGAUUCUCUGCAUUCGCUCCUCUGAGGGAUUUCUAUGAUCUAAAUGCUCAUUUCUCUGCUUUGUCAGCCCUGGAGGUUCUCUCUCCAAAGCAGACAGCAGAGCUGGUGGUGUUGCCUCUUCCUGGUCUUCCAGGGAAAGAUGUCAUCAUCAACACAGUGUUUGACUUCCUGACCGAGUCACCAAAGGAGAGGAAACUCCCUGACUUCCUGUACCACCUCAUAAGGCUGUCUGCGGAGACAACGAUGCCCUGCAAAUCGUACAAAAUCAUCUUUGAGCGUCUGUACCAGGCCGUAUCGUCUGCAUCUCCAGAGAUGGAGCCAGUCGUCUGGGCCAACAUAGACAACCUGAUGCAGACCGCUCCAGAAGGUUGUGGAUUGGAUGAACAGUGCCCAUCAACACCAUUUAAUUAUACCAGAGUCUGUGCUGGAGUCAACAGCUAUCCACUACAACACCACCUGCACACGGGGAAUAUGACAGAAGUUCUAUGCAAUUUCAGCUUGGAACAGUAUGCUUGUUCACAGCUGAAAGACUUCACUGCAGAACACCUGGUGUCUCUUCUGAGAUGUAACCUGCCCGGCAACUCCUCUCACUCUAAAGAGACGUGGAAGGUUCUCCUCACCAAACUGACCUCUGUCUUAGACCAAGCUCUGGACAUGUUCUCUAAUAUGUCCAAACCUGUCAUUGGUCCAGCAGUAUCCCAGGUGCUGGAUGUGAUUGGAGAGAUCCGGGUCAACAGACUGACUGAGGAUCAGCUGAGAGACAGUGAUGUCAUCAGGAAGUGGUUCUCUGAGCGUCUGAGACUGUUCCUGCCGUCUGCAUCAGGAGGGUUUCUGCACUGCCUCAGCACCAAGAACCUCAGCUGUGACUCGUAUCAACAGAUACUGAGGGAGUUCAGCAAUCAAUUUGACCAAAUGGACCAGAUGAGACAAGAGCUGGUGGUCAAAUACUUCAUCCAGCCCUUCCUGACCAAAAACUCCUCAGACUCUGGCUGUGUGUUCAACUCUAACAGCAGUGUGACCUGGCUGCAGAAGAACCUGGGACGGUUUUCAGUCCUGCUGUCCCUCAGUGACCUGUUGAAACUCAACACAGACUUCUCUCCUUUGUCAGCCCUGGAGGUUCUCUCUCCAAAGCAGACAGCAGAGCUGGUGGUGUUGCCUCUUCCUGGGCUUCCAGGGAAAGAUGUCAUCAUCAACACAGUGUUUGACUACCUGACUGAGUCACCAAAUGAGAGGAGACUCCCUGAGUUCCUGUACCACCUCGUCAGGCUCUCUGAAGAGAUGAUGCUACCAUGUGACAGCUUUAAGACCAUCUUUGAGCGUCUGUACCAGGCCUUAGCGUCUGCACCUCCGGAGAUGGAGCCAGUUAUUCAGGCCAUUAUAGACAACCUGAUGCAGACCGCUCCAGAAGAUUGCUUGCCAGUGAAUAUGAAGUGUCCAAUAACACCAGCGAACGAUACCAGAGUCUGUGAAGGAAAUGCCAGUGAUUCGCUACAAAGCUAUUUGGCGACAUCAAAUACAACGAACGUGCCCUGUAACUUUACCCUGGAGGAGUAUGCCUGUGCAUCGCUGAAAGACUUCACUGCAGAACACCUGGUGUCUCUUCUGAAAUGUAACCUGCCCGGCAACUCUUCUCACUCUAAAGAGACGUGGAAGGUUCUCCUCACCAAACUGACCUCUGUCUUAGACCAAGCUCUGGACAUGUUCUCCAAUAUGUCCAAACCUGUCAUUGGUCCAGCAGUAUCCCAGGCGCUGGAUGUGAUUGGAGAGAUCCGGGUCAACAGACUGACUGAGGAUCAGCUGAGAGACAGUGAUGUCAUCAGGAAGUGGUUCUCUGGGCGUCUGAGACUGUUCCUGCCGUCUGCAUCAGGAGGGUUUCUGCACUGCCUCAGCACCAAGAACCUCAGCUGUGACUCUUACCAACAGAUACUGAGGGAGUUCAGCAAUCAAUUUGACCAAAUGGACCAGAUGAGACAAGAGUUGGUGGUCAAAUACUUCAUCCAGCCCUUCCUGACCAAAAACUCCUCAGACUCUGGCUGUGUGUCCAACUCUAACAGCAGUGUGACCUGGCUGCAGAAGAACCUGGGACGGUUUUCAGUCCUGCUGUCCCUCAGCGACCUGUUGAAACUCAACACAGACUUCUCUCCUUUGUCGGCCCUGGAGGUUCUCUCUCCAAAGCAGACAGCAGAGCUGGUGGUGUUGCCUCUUCCUGGGCUUCCAGGGAAAGAUGUCAUCAUCAACACAGUGUUUGACUUCCUGUCUAAGUCACCAAAGGAGAGGAGACUCCUGAGUUCCUACUCCAGUCGGCUGCACGGUGUACCAGACCAUAUUAAAGAGACCAAACUUUUAAAUGACAUUGUUUUUGUUUUCCACAGUUUUGUGAGGCUGUACCAAGCCAUGUCAGCGUUGCCUCAAGAGAUGGAGCCAAUCGUCUGGGCCAGUGUUUAUGACCUCACAGAAUCUGCACCAAUGGUGUCCAGUGUCAUCACACAAUGCUCUGCUCUACAACAGCUCUUGGACUCUGGGAUCUCGACGGGACGUCUAUGUGACUACAGCAUCAAACAAUACGCCUGCUCACAGCUGAAAGACCUCAAAGCUGAGAACCUGGUCACACUGCUGAAAUGUAAACUAUCAGAGAACAACACAGACUCCAAAGAGACCUGGAAGCUGUUCUUCACCAAAGCUUCUGCAGUUCUGGAUCAGGCUCUUGUACUUCUCUCCAACCAGUCUGAGCCUGUGAUUGGCCCAGCACUAUCCCAGGUGCUGGAUGUGAUUGGAGAGAUCAGGGUCAACAGACUGACUGAGGAUCAGCUGAGAGACAGUGAUGUCUUCAGGAAGUGGUUCUCUGGGCGUCUGAGACUGUUCCUGCCGUCUGCAUCAGGAGGGUUUCUGCACUGCCUCAGCACCAAGAACCUCAGCUGUGACUCUUAUCAAGCUGUGGUGAAGGAGUUUGGAGCCCAGUUUGAUCACAUGAACCUAGAGCAGCAGCAGCUGGUUCUGAAGGAGCUGGUCAUCCCCUUCCUGUCUCGACCCACAUCAGCGAACCUGUUGAAACUCAACACAAACUUCUCUCCUUUGUCGGCCCUGGAGGUUCUCUCUCCAAAACAGACAGCAGAGCUGGUGGUGUUGCCUCUUCCUGGGCUUCCAGGGAAAGAUGUCAUCAUCAACACAGUGUUUGACUACCUGACCGAGUCACCAAAGGAGAGGAGACUCCCUGAGUUCCUGUACCACCUCGUCAGGCUCUCUGAAGAGAUGAUGCUACCAUGUGACAGCUUUAAGACCAUCUUUGAGCGUCUGUACCAGGCCUUAGCGUCUGCACCUCCGGAGAUGGAGCCAGUUAUUCAGGCCAUUAUAGACAACCUGAUGCAGACCGCUCCAGAAGAUUGCUUGCCAGUGAAUAUGAAGUGUCCAAUAACACCAGCGAACGAUACCAGAGUCUGUGAAGGAAAUGCCAGUGAUUUGCUACAAAGCUAUUUGGCGACAUCAAAUACCACGAACGUGCCCUGUAACUUUACCCUGGAGGAGUAUGCCUGUGCAUCGCUGAAAGACUUCACUGCAGAACACCUGGUGUCUCUUCUGAAAUGUAACCUGCCCGGCAACUCUUCUCACUCUAAAGAGACGUGGAAGGUUCUCCUCACCAAACUGACCUCUGUCUUAGACCAAGCUCUGGACAUGUUCUCCAAUAUGUCCAAACCUGUCAUUGGUCCAGCAGUAUCCCAGGCGCUGGAUGUGAUUGGAGAGAUCCGGGUCAACAGACUGACUGAGGAUCAGCUGAGAGACAGUGAUGUCAUCAGGAAGUGGUUCUCUGGGCGUCUGAGACUGUUCCUGCCGUCUGCAUCAGGAGGGUUUCUGCACUGCCUCAGCACCAAGAACCUCAGCUGUGACUCUUACCAACAGAUACUGAGGGAGUUCAGCAAUCAAUUUGACCAAAUGGACCAGAUGAGACAAGAGUUGGUGGUCAAAUACUUCAUCCAGCCCUUCCUGACCAAAAACUCCUCAGACUCUGGCUGUGUGUCCAACUCUAACAGCAGUGUGACCUGGCUGCAGAAGAACCUGGGACGGUUUUCAGUCCUGCUGUCCCUCAGCGACCUGUUGAAACUCAACACAGACUUCUCUCCUUUGUCGGCCCUGGAGGUUCUCUCUCCAAAGCAGACAGCAGAGCUGGUGGUGUUGCCUCUUCCUGGGCUUCCAGGGAAAGAUGUCAUCAUCAACACAGUGUUUGACUUCCUGUCUAAGUCACCAAAGGAGAGGAGACUCCCUGAGUUCCUGUACCACCUCUCCAGGCUGUCUGUGGUGACUCCAGUCGGCUGCACGGUGUACCAGACCAUUUUUGUGAGGCUGUACCAAGCCAUGUCAGCGUUGCCUCAAGAGAUGGAGCCAAUCGUCUGGGCCAGUGUUUAUGACCUCACAGAAUCUGCACCAAUGGAUUGUUCUCUGGUACCAGUUAACCAACAGUGUCCAGUGUCAUCACACAAUGCAACAAGAGUCUGUGCCGGAGUUGACAGCUCUGCUCUACAACAGCUCUUGGACUCUGGGAUCUCGACGGGACGUCUAUGUGACUACAGCAUCAAACAAUACGCCUGCUCACAGCUGAAAGACCUCAAAGCUGAGAACCUGGUCACACUGCUGAAAUGUAAACUAUCAGAGAACAACACAGACUCCAAAGAGACCUGGAAGCUGUUCUUCACCAAAGCUUCUGCAGUUCUGGAUCAGGCUCUUGUACUUCUCUCCAACCAGUCUGAGCCUGUGAUUGGCCCAGCACUAUCCCAGGUGCUGGAUGUGAUUGGAGAGAUCAGGGUCAACAGACUGACUGAGGAUCAGCUGAGAGACAGUGAUGUCAUCAGGAAGUGGUUCUCUGGGCGUCUGAGAGCGUUUCUGCCGUCUGCAUCAGGAGGGUUUCUGCACUGCCUCAGCACCAAGAACCUCAGCUGUGACUCUUACCAAGCUGUGGUGAAGGAGUUUGGAGCCCAGUUUGAUCACAUGAACCUGGAGCAGCAGCAGCUGGUUCUGAAGGAGCUGGUCGUCCCCUUCCUGUCUCGACCCACAUCAGACUCUGGCUGUGUGUCCAACUCUAACAGCAGUGUGACCUGGCUGCAGAAGAACCUGGGACGGUUUUCAGUCCUGGUGUCCCUCAGUGACCUGUUGAAACUCAACACAGACUUCUCUCCUUUGUCAGCCCUGGAGGUUCUCUCUCCAAAGCAGACAGCAGAGCUGGUGGUGUUGCCUCUUCCUGGUCUUCCAGUGAAAGAUGUCAUCGUCAACACAGUGUUUGACUACCUGACUGAGUCACCAAAGGAGAGGAGACUCCCUGAGUUCCUGCAACAACUUGUCAGCCUGACCAAACAGGAAAAUAUCCCUUGUGCCUCCUACAAGAUCAUUUUCACCAGACUGGAUCAGGCCGUACCCACUGUUACCAUGGAGAUAGAGUCCGCCCUCACCUCCAGCAAGACGGCUUUACUACAGACCGUCCCAUCAGGUUGCAUUGUAUACAGUGGAGAGUGCAAUGUCACCCCAGUUAAUGAGACAAAAGUUUGUGCUGGUGUCAACAGCACUGCUCUACAGGGUCGCCUUGACAACGGGCAGAUCAGCGGAGUCCUCUGUGAUUUCGGCGUCGAUGUUUACGCUUGUGGCUCGCUGUCUAUGUUGACAUCGGAAAACUUGGUGAGCCUGUUGAAGUGUAAGCUGUCUGGUAACACCAGCCACUCAGCACAGAUCUGGAAACUGUUCUUCUCUAAGGUCUCGGUGGUCCUGAACUCAGCCCUGGAUCUCUUUUUCAACACCGUGAGAUAA